CUAGCAGAUUCUCGAGAGCACCGAUGACACAGUUAGAGUCACUCCGUACACAGAUACGGAACCGUCUGAGGGCUCUGCCUGCUGUUUCAUGCUGGCCUCUGAGGAACUUGUGAAGCUUCGUUUAUGUUUAUUCGCGGACACGAUGGAUUUUAGCGUGAAGAAGCUGGCCUCUGAUGCCGGAGUGUUCUUCUCUCGGGCCGUGCAGUAUACGGAGGAGAAACUGGGACAGGCAGAGAAGACCGAGUUGGAUGCUCAUUUUGAGGGUUUACUUGCUCGAGCUGAUUGCACCAAAAACUGGACUGAGAAAAUCUACAGACAGACAGAAGUUCUGCUACAGCCAAACCCAAUUGACCACACUGGUGCCAGAAUUGAGGAAUUCCUUUAUGAAAAACUUGAUCGAAAAGUCCCAUAUCGAGCCACCAAUGGAGAAAUCCUGGGGCAGUAUAUGCUUGAGGCGGCCAAAGAGUUUGGACCAGGAACGCCUUAUGGAAGUACCUUGAUUCAGGUGGGUGAUUGCCAGAGGAGAUUGGGAGGAGCAGAACGAGAGUUUCUGCAGACAUCGUCCAUUAGCUUCCUCACACCGCUGCGGAACUUUCUGGAGGGGGACUGGAGGACCAUAACAAAAGAGAGGCGGCUCCUAGAGAACCGGCGGCUGGAUUUAGACGCCUGUAAAGCCAGGCUAAAGAAGGCCAAAGCAGCAGAGGCUAAAGCAGCUUGUGAGGGAGAAGCGGUGCCAGACUUCCAGGAGACCAGACCACGUAAUUAUGUGCUGUCUGCCAGCGCCUCAGCCCUCUGGAGCGAGGAGGUGGAGAAAGCAGAGCAGGAGUUGAGGGUGGCUCAGACAGAAUUUGACCGACAAGCUGAGGUCACAAGGCUGCUGCUGGAGGGCAUAAGUAGCACACAUGUAAAUCACUUGCGAUGCCUGCAUGAGUUUGUGGAAGCCCAGGCCACUUAUUACAGCCAGUGUCACCACUUCAUGCAGGAACUACAGAAAGAACUGUCCAGUGCUAAUGGAGAUGUAAGGUAUCCAAAUUCAUUCGUGGUGAACCCUAGAUCUGUCAGGAGUCCCUCUGCUGACCCCUCUUCUACUUUGCCCAUAAACUCGUUAAGCCCAGAGACGGAGCCCCUUCAGAUUGAGGAGGUGCAGCCGCCUGCCAGCGGCACGCGCAAAGCUAAAGUCCUGUACGACUAUGACGCUGCCGACACCAGUGAACUCUCGCUAUUGGCAGAUGAGCUCAUUACAGUGUACACUGUGCCAGGCAUGGACUCUGAUUGGCUGAUUGGAGAACGAGGAAACCAGAAAGGGAAGGUGCCUGUCACAUACCUGGAGCUGUUGAGCUAAAGAACCUAUAAAGGAUGCAAAUACAUCUAUAUACAAUUACAUGCACUAACAUAGUUCAGAAUAGAUCCAGACAUGGACUCAAUUUCAUACUUUUGACUAAGAACUUUUUUGUUGAGGGUUUGAUCUGUUUUGAUGCCAAGCUUAAUUUACUGACUCUCAGCAGCAGCAUUUACACAGUUCUGGAACUAGGUUAAAGCAUUUUAUGCCGUGAUCACGAUACAGUGACAUCACAAGCCAUUCAGGGCUUUUCCUACCAAACACACUUUUGCAAAACCAUUCAGACCAAAAAAGCUGACUUGUGCACUAAUGGGUUAUCUCUGAUAGAUUUCAGCAUUGCAACUAACAGCCAAAAUAUAGAAGCCAACAAUUAUGUCACUCCGAAUGCUUGAAUUUCAAGUCUCCAGACCUUGAUGUAGAUGUAUGCCUGCCAGUGAAUUUCUGUGCUAGAAUACACUGGACCUAUUAGUCCAUCUCUAACUUAUCAUACCUUCAUUAUCUUCUUUCACAGUUUAAUCAACUCUAACUUCUUCCACUAAACAGAAACCCUUGUGCUCAUAGGUCAGUUUUGAAGUCUAAAUGCUUGUCUGUUUGCGCUGUUUUAGUGACUCAGCACUCUGGAACAUCUACCUGUCUUAUCUACUGCCCUUACAUUCCCUCAUAGAAUGUAGCAAGCUCUCUGUAACACAGUGCAACCAUUGUUUACAUUGGCAGUCCCAGCAAAUUUUCUGAAAUUUUAUCAGUUUUCUUCAGAUCUUGAGUAAUGGCACGACUUUAGGUUGCUUAAGAUAUCUCAUGAAUUUUGUCUCAUUGCUUGGAAAUGAAGGUGGGCCAUAUUCUUUUAAACAUACAAAUGAGUCCUAUUUAAGCUGGAUUCGUUUAACCUGGGGAGGUGCUGCAUUACUUAUGAGAUCUGUGAUUUUUUAAAAUUCAGUGCGAAUAGUAAUAAUAAUAAUAAUAAUAAUAAUAAUAAUAAUAAUAAAUGACUUAAUGCAGAGCUCAGUAAUGGUAGCCCUGUUUGAAUCAACAUCACAGUAAUAUAUUGACAAAACCAGGUAAUAGAAAAUGGCAAAAUUUUAUUUUUUUUUAUGUUUUUUUUAAUGUUUUUUUUAAUGUAAAGCCUUACAGCUAAAUGGAGCUUGAUUCACCCAAUUCCUCAAUCCUCAAAUUCAAGGAGACUGAAAUCCUGAAAUUCUGGCGAUGGAAAACAAGAUCUCAAAAAUACCUCUCGCGAGGCAGUUUUCUGCCUUAUUGGCAUUUGGUAAGUUGAAUGAACCCACUUUACUAGCCUAGUAGUCUGUGUGCUGCAGAAUGUGUUGUCAUUGUUCAGAAGUGUGGAGCCUGUUGUGUAAAGCUGAUGUAAACAUCCGCACGUAGAUAUUUCAAUCUGGCCCAUUUGUGGUCCUUUGCAGAAAUUUCGCAGAUCUUUUAUCCUGUUUGAAUCAAAUUACACACAAAUUAUAAUUCUAUAUAAUAUAAUAAUAUUAUAUAUAAUUAUAAUACUGGACCUUCUCUGGUUAAACUAAUCCAGCUUUAGACCACGAUGGCCAUUAAUGCUUCCACUCAUGAUGAGCAGGAUUGCUGUGAGAGAGAGAUAGUCACACAUGUUGUGCUGGAAACCAUUAAUAAGAUUUUGCCUCACAAUCUGCGUCCCUUGCUUAAUUUGCGCCAUGCAUGUGCACCAUUGUCAUGGACCCGCAGGGAGCAUUGCUUUUAUUGGCACCAGCUGACAGCACCUGACCUGUGCCACAAAUGUGUAAGCAUGGCAGUUUAAAAUUGUAGUUGAGCUGUAACAAAACACAGAGCUAUAAGAUGUGUGUAUCAACCUGAGUGGUCUUGCUUUGUGUAAGACAGCAUUCUUAGCCUGUAUAGGUGCUACAAUAACAAUAGUAUGCACAAAGCUGGGCAAAAUAUAGCCUGAAUAUCAUAGGAAGGCUUUAUAUUCCAUAUGUAGUACACAUUACAUUGGUUAUUAUAUAACUGCUUCUAUAACACACAUACGUGCAGUAUAUGUCUAAAUAGAAAGCCAUUUAUGUUAAGUCGUAGUUGUAAAACGUCCAGUCCAACAUUUAGUGCAGUAUUUGGGUGUAGAAGCCUCAUGACCUCUGUGGUGCGCUAUACAGGGAAUAAUAUUUGUAAUAUUUGUGAUUCAGUCACAGACAUGCUCUCAUGCUAAAGCAGGUUUUUGUUCACAUCCCUCACUUCUUCCUUUGCUCUAAACUGAAUCUUUUCAGCCAUAGAAAGAAACUACGUAGUGUUAACCUAGGAAGGAGAAUGAGACUGCUAAUAUAGUGGUUUCAGCAUUAAACAGUCCAAGAUUAUCUGCAUACAGAUCAGGCAACAUCGCAAAACCUAAUGCAGUUCACACGAGUGACAGUGGUGCACAUACGUGGUGCAAGUCUGGCAGGGGAUGCAGAUCAGGUAACGACAGAAGAGUAUAUGUAGACAGUCAAAAAUCAGAAGUGACAAACAAGAAGGGACAUUUUUAAUGUAGCUUUAAACCAUUGCUGUGAAACAUGCUUUCAGAUGUUCAUAUAUACACUCACCAGCCACUUUAUGAGGUACUAGUAAAAGGUUGGACCCCCUUUCGCCUUCAGAAUGGUCUUAAUUCUUCGUGGCACACUUUCAACAAGGUGUUGGAAACGUUCCUCAGAGA